AUGGAUUCAACAUCAAACCCCUUGCCUUCCGUAACCGGUACUUCGGAACGGGAAAUCAACAUCCUGCUUAUCAAUCCCAACUCAACUAAAAGCAUGACCGAGGCUUGCCUGCGCAGCGUGGCACCUACUUUACCACUGCAUGUUACCGUCCAUGGGUUCACGCCCUCACCGCCCGCCCCGAGCGCCGUGGAAGGGCGUGUUGAUGGAAUACUAUCCUCGGCGGAAUGUCUACGGGCUAUUCUCCCAAUCGCAUCUCGCUAUGAUGCAUUUCUGGUGGCAUGCUUCAGUGCACACCCGCUGAUAAUGGCACUGCGUGAAGAAGUGACUCAGCCGGUGAUUGGAAUCAUGGAGGCGGCGCUGUACGCAUCGCGAAUGUGCGGAGCCAAACUCGGCGUGAUCACAACCAGCCAACGGUCGAAAUCCAUGCAUCAAAAGUCCAUCAAUGACUAUGGCUUUGCCGAGUACUCCGCGGGAUGUGAAGCAGCAAAUGUUGCUGUGUUGGAACUUGAGUCAAAGCCGAAGGAAGAGGUUUACUCGGGGUUGGUUGCUGCAGCGCACAAGCUUGUCAACGAAAAGGAAGCCGACUGUAUCUGUCUUGGCUGUGCUGGAAUGACGGAGAUGCGUAUGGUCUGUGAGGAGGCUGUUGGCAUGGAUGAGAGACAGGUGAUGGUGGUUGACGGGGUAGGCAUGGGUGUACAUUUUUUGACUUCUCUGGUACGCGAGAACCUGGGGACUGCUAAGAGGGGCGAAUACCGCAGUGCUGCACAGGCGCGAGCACGGAGGAAUCAGGAUUGGCUAUAG